AUGGAUUUCACUAACGUUAUCGAUAAUGCAAAAAGAUUUGCCGGCAAAAGACAAAAAGGAGACAGCUAUGAUGAUCUUCUCAUAGAUCGACUUCACAAUCGGUACACAGUUGCCGUAUUAGUUUGCUUUUGUAUUGCCGUUUCGACAUAUCAAUUUGCUGGUCAACCAUUGGAAUGUUGGGUUCCGGCUCAAUUUAAUGGCAACUAUGAAGAUUAUACAAAUCUAUUAUGUUAUAUACAAAAUACAUAUCAUGUACCACGGCAUGAGAUAAUUCCAAAAGAUCCUGAACUGCGACGUGAACGAACAUUAAAAUAUUACCAAUGGAUUAAUUUCGUUCUCUUACUGCAAGCACUGUGCUUUAGUUUGCCACGUAUAAUCUGGCAAUCGUUCAAUGAUAGAAUUGGCAUAUCAAUUGGAAAUCUUGUAGAUGUAUCGAACGAGUGCGAAUCAUAUGAUGACGAAAAUAAUCGAAAUAAAGUGAUACAGUAUAUUUCUGAUUGUCUCGAACGAUACCAAGAAUAUGUUAGUAUCGCCCACCGUCCUGGUGUGUCGCUAUUUGAACGUGUCUAUCGUCGAUUUCGUUUAUUUUGCCAUGCGCGUACCGGCUCAUCUCUAGCGUGUCUGUAUAUAUUCAUUCGAAUUCUUUAUAUAUUGAAUUUAAUCUUGCAAAUAUUAUUUCUUCAAUAUUUUCUCAGUUAUCAUGAUAUAAAUUAUAUUGAAUAUGGUUUUAAUGUAUUUAAAAAAUUACUUUCUGAUUUUUCACUACCCGAAAGUCGAUUAUUUCCGCGUAUAACAUUAUGCGACUUUCAAAUACGUGAAUUAGGCGAACGUCAUAAAUAUACAGUUGAAUGCAUACUUGUAAUAAAUAUAUUUAUUGAAAAACUGUAUUUUCUAUUAUGGUUGUGGUUUGCAAUAUUGUUAAUAAUAACAAUUUUUCAUACGAUUCAUAUUAUACAUCAAAUCUUUUUUCGUCAUUCACGAAAUCUUUAUCUUGCCCAACAUUUAGAAUUGAUUCCUGGAAGUCAUUUAGCACGAAGAAAAGAAUUUCGAUACUAUCGUCGUUGCUUUCCGAUUGAUAAUCUUUUUGCUCUAUGGGUUAUAUCAGCGAAUUCAAAUUCAUUGAUUAUUGCAGAAAUUAUCGAUGAGUUGUUUCAAAGAAAAUUACGUGAUGGUUCUGAGAUUUAA